UUAUCACAGAAAACGUCCUUUGAGUCUCUCAAUCAUUUUUCAUCGUCCCACGUGGCAGUGAGUUGAGAUAUCAAGCAUAGAAGCAGUGUGGUUCCAAGGCGCAACCUCGUCCCAGCAACCAUGGCGGUUCCUGCAACUUCCUCAGCUCCGGUCCUUCGACCUGUCCCCACCAACCGCUCCUUCUCUUCCUUUUUCCGCUACCGCCGCCAGCUUCCCUCUCCCGCCACCAACAAGCCCCUAACCGUCUUCGCCAUGGCCACCAAAAAGAAGGUGAACAAGUACGACGAUGGGUGGAAGAAGGAGUGGUUCGGGGCAGGGAUCUUCUACGAGGGAAGCGAGGAAGUGGAGGUGGACGUGUUCAAGAAGCUGGAGAAGAGAAAGGUGUUGAGCAACGUGGAGAAAGCAGGCUUGCUCUCCAAGGCAGAGCAGCUCGGCUUCACGCUCUCCUCCAUCGAGAAGCUCGGCGUCUUCUCCAAAGCCGAGCAGCUCGGCUUGCUCAGCUUGCUCGAACGAGCCGCCGCCUUCUCCCCCUCCCUCCUCGCCUCCGCCGCGCUUCCCGCCUUCGUCGCCGCCAUCGCCGCCAUCGUCAUCAUUCCUGACGACUCCGCCGCGCUCGUUGCCGCUCAGGCCCUCAUUGCCGCCGCGCUUGGCGUCGGCGCCGUCGCCCUGUUCGUUGGCUCCGUUGUGCUCGGCGGAUUGCAAGAGGCCGACUGAUUCAAUGUUGUUAAUGUGGAUGGAUUCAUUUUAGAAUUUUUUUUCUGUAGAAUUGGGGAUGACUGAUGAUGAUGGCUCUUUGUUUUGGUGUAAAAAUUUGUAAUAAAAAAGUGAAAAUGACCAUAAUUGACUGGAAAUGGCUUUAUACAAGAAUGUAGUGCCUCUUGUCAAUCAAACAAUUGCUGCUUCAUCAUUUAUGUUUCAUAAUUCACAUUCAGAUUUAUGAA